CUUGUCUUUUAUAUAUAUAUACACAUGACUAAUAUUUUUGAAGCAGCCGCUUCUGGAGAUCUCGAUUAUAUUAAAAAUCAACCACAAGCAACUUUGAAGAGUCGUAAUGACCGUGGUUGGACUGUUCUUCAUUUUGCUGCACGAUAUGGUCAACUUGAUAUCGCGACUUACUUACGAGAUAACCAUGGUGAACUUUUGACGGUAGUGAAUGGUGAUGGUAAAACACCUGCUCAACUAGCUCAGUUUUGGGGUUAUGAUCAAGUGGCUCAAUUACUUUCUCCUCCUCAACAAGAACAACAACAAUCAAAGGAACAAUUGUCAAGUCUAUCCAAACAAGUUAACCAUGUCAAUUUUUUUGCUGGAAGUCCCCUGAAUAGAUAUGGUUGGUAUCGUACAGAACAAGAUCAUUUGAAUCGAUUGAUGCAUGCUACCAAUGCUCGAUUCUUAUUAUUUUCAAAAUUGGAUCCUUUAUUUGAUAAAAAUGACAAAAAAACUGGAUUAUAUUGGGCUGAUGUUGAAAAAAUCAAAGCGGCAUCAUUGGAAGGUGCAUUGGUAUUUUUAGGCAUUGAUGAACGAUUUGUUAGUGAUAAAGAAGGUGAUGCAAAAGAAGGGAUUCCUUAUUGGGCUUUAGAUAUCACUGUCAAUGAAAAGGAUAACAAUAUGACGUUGGUACAACUUCAUCAAGAUUUGGAAAAGGAAGGAUUGGAGUUCUCAUCACCAUUACCUCUUGGUUUCCAAUUGGACAGGGAAUCUGCUGCUAUUCUUGCACAAGCACGAGCUAUGGUGGACUGGCAUACAAGAAACAAAUUUUGUCCUGCAUGUGGAAACCCAGUGAAGAUCAAAGAAGCAGGGUACAAGAUGACAUGUAGUUCCAACGAAACUUCUCAAUGUAUCAGUCAUAAUGGCAUUCAUAACUUUGCUUAUCCUCGAACAGAUGCGGUUGUCAUUGUUUGUAUUGUACAUCCUACAGCAGACAAAAUCUUAUUGGGAAGACAAAAACGAUGGCCAGCAAGAAUGUUUUCAUGUAUAGCAGGAUUUGUAGAACCAGGUGAAUCCAUUGAAGAAGCAGUACGUCGUGAAGCUUUAGAAGAAACUGGUAUUCAUGUGGAUCAUGUUGCUUAUCAUAGUACACAACCUUGGCCAUUUCCCAAUUCCCUCAUGUUUGGAUUUAUUGCAUCAGCUACAAAUGAACAAGUCAAGAUGGAAGACAAGGAAUUAGAAAGUGCCCGAUGGUUUAGUCGCUCGGAUGUCUUGGGUGCUUUGAAAGGUGAUGGUAUAUUUACUUUACCCCCCAAAUUAGCUAUAGCUCAUCAAUUGAUUCUUACUUGGGCAACCUCUACACAACCUGCUAAGAUGUGAUCUUUUUGUUUUUAAAAUCAAAUAAAUUAGGAUGGAUGUAUUUAUUUUAUUAU